UGGGCAAAUAUGAGCUGCCAAACCUAUUUCAAAGUUAACUCAAGAAGAACACAUCAUACAUCACGUCCAAGUACCAAGUGCACUGUUGCGAGAUGUGGAUCUCCUCUCAGCGUAAAGUAUGACUUGGACAUGGAUCUUAUGGCCGUGCUGUGAUUGAAAGCAAUAUUCAUCAUAACUGAUUUGGAAUGUCAGAUGAUGGAGAUCUCAUCUUUUAAGUGUAGUGUCUACAGUUUAUGCUGAGGGGAGCACUUUGCACCAGAUUACCCAAAGGGGAAUCUUGAACGAGUGGUGAAUAAAAUGAUGAGAUUAAAUAUUGAUGAGUCACUUCACCCAAACAUUAAAAAAUGCAGCUCUUUAGCUGCACAGCUGAGCAUGAAAUCUAUAAUAUUGGAGGUGUAUUGACAUUUGCAGUUACAACGUUGCAUUGAGUCUGCAUGAACACACCAGCAUAUGCCCUAUGUGGCAUUUGUGUCAGUUAAUGUAAACAUUUCCUGAUUGUUUUAAGCUUUAAGAUAACAAUCCAGAUAACGCUAUCGCUUUUCAGGAGAUCGCUCUAUAAUCUAUAUUGUCCGGCAGAAGAACAUUGUGGCGUUGACAUGUGACCUACAAGGAGGGGUGGUGAUAUUUCUUGAUAACAUUGGUUUAAUAGAAGUCACUGUAGUAGCUAGCAGCUAGAAAUAGACUAGCUGCAUUGUCAAACAGUACGGCACCAAUUAGUAGCUGCAACAUGGUUCUGAAGUGUCUCUGUCUAGGGGCGAUGUCGUCGUCAAACGUCCAAUCCUUGAGUUGCUGCCACAGCUGUGUGUCCGCAGGGGGAGGGGUGUCUGCGGCGGCCACCACUUCUACAACCUCUGGACAUAUAUGCCACUUCGGGGGCUUGCAUGCCUGCUGCUCAAGGCUGCAGCCAUGCUGUUCUAAAGAGCUGGUCGUGAGUGCAGGGACGUCGGGUCAAGGGUCUUGUCUGUCGUCUGCGGUGGGGAAGCUCCCCUGUGUCAAGGUGUGUCCUAGGUUGACGGCUUACUCCGCUAUCUCACUGAUAGGACUCUCAACGUUUCUUCUUUUCCAGCAAGAGGUUGAGCUUAUAUUAUCAUGGCUUCUUGACUCCGGUGAUGCGGAGAGUUUCCUCUUCUUCCUUGUCCUCUUCAUCUUCCUCUCCUUCCCCAUGACCUGGGGCUACAUCCUGGUCAACGUCAUCGCGGGUUACCGCUUUGGCCCCGCUUUUGGAACAUUUGUUGUCAUAGUGACGGUAGCCAUUGGAUCCUCGUGUGCGUUGCUUGUGUGUAGGACGUUGCUCAGCUCCCUGAUCAGACGGAACCUGAUGAAUGAGAAGCUGGAGAUGAUUGUUAGGGUGGUGGAAGGGGAUCAUGGAUUUCAGGUCAUCGCUCUGACUAGGCUGACCCCUAUACCUUUCGGGAUACAGAAUGGAGUCUUUGCACUGUCCAAUGUGCGUGUAUCGACGUUUAUGUUGGCAUCGUUCCUUGGCCUUCUUCCUACUCAGUUCCUCAAUUCCUACAUGGGAUCAUCCCUACGCUCCGUCCAAGACAUCAAGAACCAACAAUCAUCUUCCUUGCUGCUGAUGGCUCAGGUACUUUUCAGUUUUGCUCUGUCAGUUUAUGUGUUGAGAAUGGCACAGAGAGAGCUCCACAGAAAGCUAGACAACCAUCAUAAAACCAUGUCAAAUACACUGCCCUUUAAAGCACAUGGAUCAUCUCAGGAACAGGUCAAAGGUCAACCUUCGGAAAAUGGACCAAAGUUGACAAGCGACGCCGGCCAUACUGAUCCCAUCAUGUAUUCACAUAACUCUCAUUGCAAUGACUCUCAAGCAAUCUUUAUGGUAUAACACAGAAUUCCAAAACUGCCAUUGUCUGCAAUGUAUUUAGUUUAUUUCUACUAAUGCGUCAUAUGUACUCGGAUUCUAUAUUUUACAAAGAUUUGGGGAAUAGUAUUUUUGUAUAAGUAAUAUUUCAAAUUUUGUACUUAAUCCCUUACAGCAUUUAGUGUGUGUGUGAGAGUUUAUCAUGUCAUCUUGAACUCAUAGUAUUAUAUUCAGACAACUUUCACAUCACCAUUUUGGAAAGUGCAAAAAGCUCAAGGCUCGAUCCUUCAAAUAGUGUACUUAAUCCCAUACAACAUUCAGUGUACGGUAUGUUAGAGUUUAUCAUGUCAUAUUGAACUCAGGUAGUAUUAUAUUUAAACUACUUUCACGUCACCAUUUUAAAAAGUUGCAAACGCUCAAGGCUCCUUAUUAUAUGAGUGCUUUAGGUGGACUCUUAAAGCUGAACAGAGUUUAGAUUUCUUUACUGACUUAUGGAGCGCCAAGUCAAGCGUUAUGCUUUUCAUCAUAAUUAUGCAACAUAAUGAGAAAAUUAAAUUAAUACAGUCUUGAAAUGAAAGAGGGAAUUGGAUUUCAUGGUAACACAAUUUUUAUUUGUUCAUUUUUCUGGCUACUAAAUCACUUGGUAAUUAAGAAAUAAAGGAAUGAAGAGGAUGACACUUGGCACUCACCGGACUAAAUCUGGUGUAAGCCCUGGACUAAAGUUAGUGCGCUUAAUCAAAACCUACCUUGGAUAUCAUAGUUAAAAAUGUCAUUGUCUGAAACAUGGACGGUCUAUUCUGAAGUUACAUUAGGAAGAUUACAAUUGAUAUAUUAAUUAAAGAGUAUAUUUUUAGAGAGAUACUAUUUUCCUUUGUUUUGUACUUUUGUAAUGAAAGAAAAUCAAUGUGGAGAUAAAGUAGUAAAAAUAUAAAUUGUCAAAGCAAACGAUAGUCUUCUCUGAAGUAACUUUAGGUCGAUUACAAGUGAUAUAUUGAAGAGUCUAUUUUUUAGAGAGAUAUAUUUUUCCUUUGUUUUGUACUUUUGUAAUCAAAGAAAAUCAAUGUUGAGAUGAUCAGUAAAAAUAUAUAUUAUCCCAACAAAGCAUAGUCUUGUCUGAAAUCAAACAAUUAGAUUCCAAGUGAUCUGUGAAAAAGAAGGAAAACAAUAUUUUUAGAGAGAAGAUAUAUAUUUUGUUUUUGGGCAAAAUCAAUUUUGAAAAAGAAUUACAGAGUAGGUGAUUAAGAAAAACCUUCAUUGUACAACGCAAUGCAGCUGUUGAAUACUAUCUUAAAUAUUGGACAUUCUUUUUCACAUUUUAUUUCCUUUUUUAUAAUAAGCUUAUAUAUUCUUUUCAAGAGAAAAUAGUCUAUUGCAAUUGUCAAGUAUUAAAGUUUUAGCAUGAAAUGCAUAUAAAUGUUUGAUAAACUAUUGAGUCAUUGUAAGUAAGAAUAAGACUUUCUGUGUUUUGUUAUAUUACUGCUAUGUUUGGUUUGUCAAUUUAAUUAGUAUUAUAUUCCACAUACUAAGAAUCUUGCUCUACGAUUGGUCAAAAGUAAAUCACGUAAUGAAAGAUAGU